AUGUUCGAAUACGACCGUCUCGCCUUGGAUGUGGCCCAGCAGUUCGCCAACACUCCCAAAAAUUUUGAUCCCGCUCCAGGCCGGCCACGAAGAAAGGGAACUCAGGAUGAUGGAGUAAGUUGUCAUCAGAUUAUGUAUAGUUUAGUCAUCAUUAUAAAAUAAUUUGAUGUGAAUUUCAGAAAGAUCGCCAUUUCAGUGGGAGCUCCAUGGAUCUGUUUGAUUGUGGCUCCAGCUCCGGAUAUGGGAGUCCUGGGGUUGGAGGCACACCGUUGGCUAGUCCGGCACCAAACUCUUCUUCUUUUAUUGCACAAUCAGUGCAACGAAUGUUAUUGGAUCAGGGAUUCUAUGAUGAACUCAAAACUAUGGGAAAACAAAGUCAGCUCCAGUUGAAUGCGAACGAUUUGAGCGCGAUGAUUGCUGGGAUGACCGUUGAACAGGUUGAUAAGGUGAAGAAAUAACCAAAAAAUUGAUACUAAUCGCGCUCAGCAACAGGCAGUUUCCGCACUGUGCAAUUUUUAAUUUUUAUCCGCACUGUGCAUCUUUCUCUGAUUUUUCGCGUUUGUCUCCGCAAUUUCCCGUUUUUUCGCUAGCGACGUGUACUUUUGCUCGCGACAAACACGAAUUUGCGCGCGCGACGUCGAAAAUACGAACUUUCGCACGGUGCGAAAAUUGUGGGUAGUAUCUAUCAUAGUCUUGAUUAUAUAAGUUUAUUUAUUUUUAUUCAGAGUAUUUGUUCUGAGAAUGAAAAAGAACUUCUCAGUCUGUCAACAACAUCGUCGCAGAUCUCCCACAGUUCUCCAUUCAGUCCAACACCAACUCAGACUAUAAUCAGCAAUCCGACUCCUGUGGCCUUUGAAGAUGGGUUCAGCCAAGAUGAGAUAGCUCAAUUCGCUGAACUUUUAUGCAGCCCCAAGAAGACUCCUCCGACUAGAUAUCAAUGCCACAUCUGCUAUAACACUGGACACUACAUUAGUGAUUGUCCGAUGGUUAGUUUUAUUUUAUUUUUUGUUUUCUGACAGCAAUUCAGAGAAAAGAAACUGAACUAAUUAAAGAUUGCAAACAACGAUGACUAAUUUCGAUUAAUUUCAGCGUUUCAACAGCCCCUACGAAGAACUGACCCCUUAUCAAGGCCGAAAGAAAUGCUAUGGAGAAUUCACUUGUCAUCAAUGUAAACGUCGUUGGACUUCCCAAAACUCUGUGGCCAAUGAGGCCCAGAGUUGUAUCAAAUGUCAUGUUCCGGUGUUCCCCCACAAACAGUUGCCGGUCGAUAAGGCGGUCGCUUUAGGAUUGGUGAAGGCCCAGAGAACUGUGCCAACCAAGGUGGCUCCGAUUGGCCAUGGCCGUCCACCGUUCCCGACAGCUGUCAGGCCUUGA